AUGAUCUUCAAAUCCACCAGACCACACAUCGACAUCCCGACCGACCUCCCAAUCUGGCCCUGGCUCUUUGACUCCAAGUACUCCCCUUUAACGCAGCAGAAAGGCAAACCAGAGAACGAACGCAACCUCGGCUCCUUCGUCAACGCCCUAACAAAGGAAUCAAUUCGCUACGAUGCCCUCGCGCACCUCACGACUUUCGUUUCCACGGCCCUCGUCAAGGAAUAUGGUCUUGGCCCCGGCGAUACCGUCGCCCUGUUUAGUCCGAACACGAUUUGGUAUCCUGUUGCCAUGCUGGCUGUUGUGAGGGCUGGGGGUGUGAUAUCCGGCGCGUCUCCAGCGUACAAUGUCGAGGAGAUGAGCUAUGCGCUUAAGACGGCGAACGCGAAGUUCCUUAUGACGGUGCCGUCGAGCAUGGAUGUUGCGGUUCCGGCGGCGAGGAAUGCGGGGAUUCCGAGCGAGAGGGUCUUUUUGCUGGAGGGGAGUAAGGAGGGGUAUGUUUCUGUGCGGACGCUUGUGGAACGGGGGAAGAGGUAUGGACGGGGUCAGGUUGUGCCGUAUGGCAUUCCGGAGGGGAAGACGAAUCGUGAUGUCUGUGGGUUUUUGAGCUUUAGCUCGGGGACGACGGGGUUGCCGAAGGCUGUCAUGAUCGCACAUCACAAUGUCAUCGCGCAAUGCAUGCAAAUCAUCCAGCUCACUCAGAAGGAGACGGACAAGUCGCUCGCCGUCUUACCUCUUUUCCACAUCACCGGCCUCGUCCACCAAAUGCACCUCCCCAUCAUCCGCAACAGCACAGUGUACAUGCUCCCCUCCUUCACCAUGAAAUCGAUGCUCGACACGAUCGUCGAGUACCGCAUCGAAGAGAUCCUCUCCGUGCCCCCGAUAAUAAUCCGCCUGCUCCAAGACCCAAUCGUAUCGACCUAUGACCUUUCGCACGUCAAGCGCUUUUCGUCCGGCGCGGCCCCGAUCUCCGGUGAGAUCCUGCAGAAGUUACAGGCUCGGUUCCCGUGGACAGGCUUCAAGCAGGGCUAUGGCAUGACCGAGUCAUGUAGCUGCAUUACUGCGCACCCGCCGGAAAGGCAGUCGUACGAGUUUGCGCAACGUGGGGGCAUGAUUGUUGCGAAUACGGAGGUGAAGAUUAUCGAUACCGAGACGGGGAGGGAAGUCGGGUAUGAGGAGGAGGGUGAGAUUCUCGCGCGUGGACCGCAGGUUGUCAUGGGGUAUCUGAAUAAUGAGAAGGCCACCAAGGAGACGUUUGAUGAGGCGGGAUGGCUGCAUACCGGGGACGUGGGGUACAUGGACCGCGAGGGGUUCAUUGUUAUCACCGACCGGAUCAAGGAGAUGAUUAAAGUCAAGGGCAUUGCGGUGUCGCCGGCGGAGAUUGAGGAUCUGCUGCUGGGGCAUCCGGCCGUCGACGACGUGGGCGUUACUUCUGUGGCGGAUGAGUAUGCGGGUGAGAAGCCGAAGGCGUACGUCGUGUUGAAGGAGGCUGUUAAGGGGAGGUUAGCGAGCGAGGAGGGCGUGCAGGCUGUUGGCAAAGAGCUCAUCGAGUAUGUCAAGGCGAAGAAGGUGCGGCACAAGUGGAUUGUCGAGGUCGAGUUUCUGGAUGAGGUGCCCAAGAGCGCGAGUGGGAAGAUUCUAAGGAGGAUGCUGCGUGAUCGCGAGAAGGAUAAGAGCAAGACUGACAACGGGAAGAGGCUGAUUGUGAGGGACGAGAAGGUGAAAGCAAGGCUGUAA